CGAGCAUACCACGCCUGCAUGGUCCCCUCUCCCAUUCUUGAGAGAGUGAGAGACCGAAAGCCUGGAGCCAACUGGGAAGCCAGCUGAGCACUCCCCUGUACCCCCAAAACCCGGCAACAUUACUGGCGAGUCAGACAGGAGUGGGGUACAGCCAGGAGAAGAAGAUUUCAAACUAGCAAUGACUUAAUAAGAUGGUUAAUCAUCAUUGGACUUAUCUUCAAAAAGUCAACUACUUUUUCAGGGAAAUAAAGGAUGGACUUGUUGCUGUUGCUGUAGGAUUUUAAGUCCAGGUGAUUGUUUCAAACUAAGCAUCAACCACAAUUAAAAAUACUCAUAUGAUAUCUGUAUUUCAAUCAUGGACAAAAAUCAAUAUUUGAUUAAAACUGCAGAGGCACAAUCUUCAGAGAAUGAGAAAACAAGAUACUGCAAUGGAUUUAAGAUGUUCUUGGCAGCUCUGUCACUCAGCUUUAUUGCUAGGACACUAGGUGCUGUUGUUAUGAAAAGUGCCAUCAUUCACAUAGAAAGGAGAUUUGACAUAUCCUCUUCUCUUGUUGGUUUAAUUGAUGGAAGCUUUGAAAUUGGAAAUUUGCUUGUGAUUGUAUUUGUGAGUUACUUUGGAUCCAAACUACACAGACCAAAGUUAAUUGGAAUCGGUUGUUUCAUUAUGGGACUUGGAGGUGUUUUGACUGCUUUACCACAUUUCUUCAUGGGAUAUUACAGGUAUUCUAAAGAAACUAAUAUCAAUUCAUCAAAAAAUUUAACAUCGACCUUAGCCACCUGUUUAAUUAAUCCAAUUUUAUCACUCAAUAGAACAUCACCUGAAAUAGUUGGAAAAGGUUGUUUAAAGGAAUCUGGGUCAUACAUGUGGAUAGUUGUGCUCAUGGGUAAUAUGCUUCGUGGAAUAGGGGAGGCUCCCAUAGCACCAUUGGGAAUUUCUUACAUUGAUGAUUUUGCUACAGAAGGGCAUUCUUCUUUGUAUUUAGGUAUGUUGAAUGCAAUAGCAGUGAUUGGUCCAGUCAUUGGCUUUACAUUGGGAUAUCUGUUUUCUAAAAUGUAUGUGGAUAUUGGAUAUGUAGAUCUAAGCACGAUCAGGAUAACUCCUAAGGAUUCUCGUUGGGUUGGAGCUUGGUGGCUUGGCUUCCUUGUGUCUGGACUGUUAUCCAUUAUUUCUUCCAUACCAUUUUUUUUCUUGCCCCAAACUCCAAAUAAACCACAAAAAGAAAGGAAAGCUUCAGUAUCUUUGCAUGUGCUGAAAACAAGUGAUGAAAAUAAUCAAACAGCUAAUUUGACUAAUCAAGGAAAAAAUAUCACCAAAAAUGUAACUGGUUUUCUCCAGUCUUUUAAAAGCAUCCUUACUAAUCCCUUCUAUGUUAUAUUUGUGCUUUUGACAUUGUUACAAGUAAGCAGCUAUAUUGGUAAUUUUACUUUUAUCUUCAAAUAUGUAGAGCAACAGUAUGAUCAGCCUGCAUCUAAGGCUAACAUUUUGUUGGGAAUCAUAAUCUUACCUGUUUUUGCAACUGGAAUGUUUUUAGGAGGAUAUAUCAUCAAAAAAUUCAAAUUGAACCCAGUUGGAAUUGCCAAAUUCUCAUUUUUUACUGCUGUAAUGUCAUUAUUCUUUCACCUAUUAUAUUUUUCCAUGCUCUGUGAAAAUAAAUCAGUUGCCGGCCUAACCAUGACCUACGAUGGAAAUAGUUCAGUGACAUCUCAUAUAGAUGGACCAGUUUCUUAUUGCAACUCAGACUGCAAUUGUGAUGAAAGGCAAUGGGAACCAGUCUGUGGAAACAAUGGAAUAACUUAUAUCUCACCUUGUCUAGCAGGUUGCAAAUCUUCAAGUGGUAAUAAAAAGCCUAUAGUGUUUUAUAACUGUAGUUGUUUGGAAGUAACUGGUAUCCAGAACAGAAAUUACUCAGCCCAUUUGGGUGAAUGCCCAAGAGAAUAUGCUUGUACAAGGAAAUUUUACCCUUUUGUUGCAAUACAAGUCUUUAAUUUAUUUUUUUCUGCACUUGGAGGUACCUCAUUUAUCAUGCUGAUUGUUAAAAUUGUUCAACCUGAAUUGAAAUCACUUGCACUGGGUUUCCAGUCAAUGGUUAUACGAGCACUAGGAGGAAUUCUAGCUCCAAUAUAUUUUGGAGCUCUAAUUGAUAGAACAUGCAUGAAGUGGUCUACCGACAGCUGUGGCACACGUGGAUCUUGUAGGAUAUAUAAUUCCACAUUAUUUUCAAUUGUCUUCUUGGGCUUGUCUUCAAUAUUAAGAGUCUCAUCAUUUGUUUUAUAUAUUGUAUUAAUUUAUGCCAUGAAGAAAAAAUAUGAAGAGAAAGAUAUCAAUGCAUCAGAAAAUGGAAGUGUCAUGGAUGAAGCAAACUUAGAAUCCUUAAAUAAUGAUCAACAACUUGUCCCUUCUGCUGGGGCAGAUAGUAAAACACAUUAUUAAGGGGUGAAAAAAAAGAAAAAACACACUUCUGCUUUCAUGUUUCCAAACAGCAUUGCAUGUCAUUUUUGAGGAGUUCCUGGUCCUUUCACUAACAAUUUCCACAUCUCUUAUAGUGGAAGUAUAAAUAAGGCUAUGAAUUUAUAAUAAAACAAACUAUGUAGAAAAAAAUAAUAGUAUACAUUGUUAGGUUAUAGUUAUGUAUUUGUGGUUAAGAUUAGACUAUAUGAUCCAUACAAAUUUAAAGCGAGAGUCAUGGUUAUUGUGUAAUAGAAGAAAAAAUACUUGCUCAGGUAAUUGUAACUCUUAAUAAAACAAAUGAGUAGAAUAUGGGUAGAGGUAAAAAGAGAGGAGGUAGAUUAAUAGCCUAAGUAAAGAGAAAUGCCUAAUGUCUAUUUUAUUAAACAAACACACAGUUUGAACUAUGAUACUGAGGCCUGAAAUCUAACCUGGAUGUAUGCUGUAAUGAUAUCUGUUACUCACAUAAAAUCAUAUAUUUCACAGACUUUAUUAAUGUAUAAUUCAAAACUUUUUUGUUUAAAUAAAUUUAGAAUAUAUUUAAAUAUUGUUGAGGAAGUAAAGACAUUCAAAUAUUUGCAAGCCAUGAUUGUCAAACAACAUAUUACUUAUUAUGUGUUAAGUUUUUAUUAGACCCAUGAUAAUGAAUUAGGAAAAACUGACUUUGACUAAUGUAGCAACUCUCAUACUUCUCUUAGCUAGAUUUUCUGGAUCAUUUGCUGCAGCUUCUACAUCAGCACUUACUUGCUUCUUCACUUUGUGCUUAGGUAUUGAAACCAGCCCCUUUUGUUAAACCCCAUGAACCAAAUUCUACCGCUUUUUUCUUUUUCAGCUUUCCCAUAGAAUGACAGAGAAGUAGGGCCUUGCUCUAGAUUAUAUUUGGCCUAAGGGAACGUGCUGGCUGCUUUGAUCUUCUAUCCAGGCUACUGAAGUUUUCUCCAUAUUAGCAAUAAAUCUGUUUCAUUUUGUUAUUAUUUGUGUGUUCACUGAGGUAGGACUCUUAAUUAUCCUCAGGUACUUUCUCUUUGCAUUCACAACUUGGCUAACUGUUUAAUGUUUGACUUAUCUUGCCUCUUGAUUUGCCUUCCUUACUAAACAAUAAUUUCUAAUGUUGGAUUUAAAAUGAGAGAUGUGUGACUCUUUCACUCAAACACUUAAAGGUCUUGUAAGGUUACUAAUUGGCUUAAUUUCUAUGUUGUUGUGUCUCAUGGCAUAGGAAGGCCCAAGGAGAUGGAGAGAGAUAUAGCAAUAGUUAGCUGGUUGGUGGAGCGUUCAGAACACACACAACUUUAUUGUUUAAGUUCCACAUAUAUGGGCAUGGAUAGCGUCAAGUCAAAUCAACUAUAAUAGUAACAUAAAGAUCACUAAUCACAGGUCACUAUCACAGAUACAAUAACAAUGAAUAAGUCUGAAAUAUUGUGAGAAUUACCAAAAUGGGACAGAGGGACAUAAAGCACAUACUUUUGAAAAAAUAAUGUCAAUAGACUUAUUUAAUGUAGGAUUGCCACAAACUUUCAAUUUGAAGAAAAAAAAACCACCAAAAUAUGUGAAGUGCAAUAAAGUGAAGUUCAUUAAAACAAAUUGUGCCAGGAAUAAAAACUAGCAAGAUCACAGAAUCAACCUAUACUUAAAAGUAUUAGAAAUAUGGAGGCAAAUAGGAGAAAUAGCUAAAAAGAGUUGGAAAUACUUGCCUCUGGAAAGUAGUAAUAAGCAGAGAAAAACUAAUUUUCAAUAUGAGAUUUUUGCUAUAAUCUUAUUUUUACAACUUUGUACAUAAAUGGCUUUGGUGAAAAUUAAAAUAAAAAUCAAUCAUU